UUCUUCCUCAAGUUCCUACGAGUCAGGCUAUCCCCGUUAUUACGACCUCUAAUCAUCCUUAUCCCUCUCGAUAGUCCUAGAAAUGGCGUCUUCCCAACCAACAUCAUCGGGGCCCAUACUCGAUUCCCCUCCGAGUCCGAAUCCUCAGUCACAGCCAAACACCGAAACGUCCUCGUCGCAACAUCGUGCGAACCCGUCCGAAGCACCAGCCCAAGCCGGCCCUGGUCCUGCACGUCCAUCUGCACUCACCAAGCGCCCAAGUCACCGAGAAGUUGCGGCCUACCGCAUGUCCAGGAAAUUGCAAAGGUUACGCGGCGACAGUAACCAGCCACACUCUCCCACUAUGGAGCUCCCCGAUCGCCUCAAAGACAAUGGAAAAGAAGAGGAUGAGGAGGAGGAUGUCCUGCAGCCCCAAGGCGGCAUGUUCAUGAAUAUGAACCAGAGCAUUUUUGGUCUCAUCGCUGCUGCUGGAAGCACUGUGGAUUUCCACGACCGGUUUGAAGGCCAAAGUUCGGAAGACGAAGACGAUGUGCCGAAUCACAUGGCCAUGACCUUUGCUGGCCCGGGCAUCAAAGGCACAGCACGCAAUCGCGAAACUGCCGGCACUGUCAAGUCAUUAAGCCAGACUGUUGUCUUCAACAAGCCACCUGCAAGUGCCACAGCAGAUGCAGGACCAAGCAACACCCACCGCCGGCGCCUUUCUGGACACAAGCUUUUACAGUCGGUUCCCGGUCUCUCCCGGCUUGCAAGUUCCCACAAGUCGAAAAAGUCAAAACAACACAAGGGCACAGCGAUGGCGGAUCACAAAAUCGAAGAAGAAGAAGACCCCGACCCAUCUUCUCCUCUUCCUCCACUAAGCAAAGACGAAACCAAGUCGCUCGGCCUUGCCCCACCAAUAGAGAUCGUCCGAGCAGAAGGGAACGGGGCACCUCUCAUGAGCAGAAUGCUUGAGGCACGGGCCGAGAUGGCAGCCCGACCCAGUUUCGAUCUUGACAGAUUGUCAGGAGAACAUCGUCGUGAUGACGCCGGCGUAACCGGACAGCUUGCCCAACAUCGUCGUGAUGACGCCGGCGUAACCGGACAGCUUGCCCAACAUCGUCGUCAUGACGCCGGCGUAACCGGACAACUUGCCAAAAAGUUAAAGGAUAUCUUCGAGUUUGACACGGCCGAAGAGGUUAUUGAAGAGUACCCUUGUUGGUUGCUACAACAUGUUCUCCUGCAGGGCUACAUGUACAUUACGGCCAACCACAUCGCCUUCUAUGCCCACCUCCCCAAAAAGGCACACGAGAUCGCAAAGUCCGGCUACCUGUCGAAGAGCGGCAAACGAAAUCCAAAGUACAACCGCUAUUGGUUCCGUCUGAAGGGGGAUGUCCUCUCAUACUACCAGGAUCCCAAGGAUCACUACUUCCCCGCUGGCCAGAUCGACUUACGAUACGGCAUUUCGGCCAGCGUGAACGACAAGGAGAAAGAGGGCAAUUACUUCUCCGUCACCACGCAUCACCGAACAUACCACUUCAAGGCUGACAGCGCUCGGAGUGCAAAGGAAUGGGUCAAGAGCCUACAGCGGGUCAUCUUCCGCUCGCACAAUGAUGGAGACAGCGUCAAGAUCUCGAUCCCUAUCAGGAAUAUCCUUGACAUUGAGGAAACUCAGAUGGUGGAGUUUGCAGAUACUUGCAAGAUUCGCGUCAUCGACAAUGAUGAGACAUAUGCUAUCGACGAGUAUUUCUUCUCCUUCUUCAGCUUCGGCAAGAAGGCCAUCCAGGUUCUCAAGAUCCUUAUAGAGGAUUCCUCACCCGAAGAUUCUGGAGCGAACGACGCCACCAAGGGAACGGGAGGAGACGGGGCGAUUGGUGACAAUCUCGGCAGCCCACGAACUCGCACAUUCAGUGAAGGGGUCAAAGCUACGCUUUCCCCGGUCUCGCCCAUCCAGAUCGCCUCCCCGAGUUCUCGUGCUAGCGGCGAUUACUUCAAGAGCAGCUUCGAUGGUACCCGACCUUUCAGUCGCCGAAGUUUCGACGCCAGCCCAGGCACAGCAGGUUACGCAGGCUCGCCUCCCCGCAGCCUUCAUGGAGACGGCCGGAGAUCGUUUAGCAAACCCCGCCACGAGCCAUAUGCGAGUACCGAUUCGUACGCCCAGAGCUUCGAUGACCCUAGUCAGGCAAGUCUAUCGGCCUUGGUGGCCUCUGGUAGCGAGGAUCAAUCAGCCAGCCAAAUUCUCCGAGGAAGCGAUGUUUUUCACAGCCCAAUCUUCCGUAGGUCGGCAUCGGCUACGCGCGCGACAACAGAGGGGGAAAGGGUCGCUGCCCCGCCGAUUGUGCGUCAACACACCGCGGGCUUGGUCCGACUUCACGGACCUCAUCAUGCAGCCACCACGGGCCAGAUUGGUGACCACAUGGCAGAAGCAGAAGGCGGUCCUUCAACGCCCAUGCUGCAAAGCAUUGCGAUGAUGGGCAAUUACCCAUUGCAGAGGGCCAACGCAUUUAUGGGCUAUUUGGACCAGCAGUCCAGGCGCAUGAGCAACCUUCUAGCAACAGAGUCCAUGGGAUAUGUCGAGAAGGUGUCUGGCAUGUGGAAGGGCGGCAAGAAGCAUUACGAUCAUCCUGCUGGAAGGAGGACCGAAAGGGAGGAUGUCGAGGAUGACCCCGAGGAGAGGGCUCUGUCAGAAGCCCGUUUUCAGGCGCACUUUGCCUUGCCGGAGACGGAGAGGUUGCAGGCUGCGUACUUUGGGUUCAUUGUCAGGGUUUUGCCACUCUAUGGCAAGAUUUAUAUCAGCAACCGCCACUUCUGCUUCCGCAGCUUGCUACCAGGCACCCGGACGAAGCUCAUCCUGCCUCUGAAGGAUAUUGAGACUGUCGACAAAGAAAAAGGGUUCCGGUUUGGGUACUCCGGCUUGGUCGUCGUUAUCCGUGGCCAUGAGGAGAUUUUCUUUGAGUUUGCCAAGGCCGAGAACCGGGAUGAUUGUGCUAUUACGAUCAUCCAGAGCUUGGAUGCAGCGAGAUACCUGGCCGAGUCGCAGGAGGUGGAGGAAGCGCAAGCAGCGGAAGCUGAGAGGGAUGCACUCAACCAGGCAAGAAACGACGAGUUCCCUGGUCAUGAGAUCGAGCUUCCUCGACAGGCAUCUGGGGUAUCUGAUGCCCCCACGAUACUGUUCGACGACCCCAAGGCUUCAUUCCUAAACUUUAAGCCCAGCGAGCCCAUGCGCAUCACCUGUUUGACCAUCGGUUCGCGCGGCGACGUCCAGCCUUACAUCGCCCUCUGCAAGAGGCUACUCGAAGAAGGGCACCACCCCAAGAUCGUCACACACCGGGAGUUUAAAGACUGGAUCGAAAGCCACGGGAUCGAAUUCGGUCCCGUUGAGGGUGACCCUUCGGAACUCAUGCGCAUCUGCAUUGAAAACGGCACGUUCACCUACGCCUUUCUGCGCGAAGCCAACUCCAAGUUCCGCGGCUGGCUCGACGAGCUGCUCACUUCAGCCUGGGAAGCCUGCCAAGGCAGCGACCUGCUCAUCGAGUCUCCCUCCGCCAUGGCAGGCAUCCACAUCGCCGAAGCGCUUGGGAUUCCCUACUUCCGCGCCUUCACCAUGCCGUGGACUCGCACGCGCGCCUAUCCUCAUGCUUUUAUAAUGCCGGGGCAGAAGAUGGGCGGCGCGUAUAACUACAUUACGUACGUCAUGUUCGAUAAUGUUUUCUGGAAGGCUACGGCGCAUCAGGUCAAUCGGUGGAGGAACAAGUACCUCGGUUUGCCCAACACCAGCCUCGAGAAGUUGCAGCCCAACAAGGUUCCCUUCCUCUACAACUUUUCUCCGUCUGUGGUGCCUCCUCCCAUCGAUUACAGCGACUGGAUCCGCGUCACUGGGUACUGGUUCCUCGACGAAGGAGGCGACAAGUGGCAGCCACCCAAGGAGUUGACCGAUUUCAUUGCCAAGGCCAGGGCUGACGAGAAGAAGCUGGUUUACAUUGGCUUUGGAAGUAUUAUUGUUUCGGACCCCGCCAAGAUGACGCAGGAGAUUAUCGACGCCGUCCUUAAAGCUGACGUUCGCUGCAUUCUCUCGAAAGGUUGGUCCGACCGGUCAGCAGCAGUCGACGGUAAUGAGAAGCCAAAGGUGGCAGACCCAAAUUUCCCCCCAGAAAUUCUACAGAUCCAGUCCGCCCCACACGACUGGCUCUUCCAGCAAGUUGAUGCCGCUGCCCAUCACGGCGGCUCUGGAACUACUGGCGCCAGCUUGCGGGCUGGUAUCCCGACUAUCAUUCGCCCCUUCUUCGGUGAUCAGUUCUUCUUUGCGGGACGAGUCGAGGAUCUUGGGGUCGGGAUUUAUCUGAAGAAGUGGGGAGUCCAGAGUUUUGCGAGGGCGCUGUGGGAAGCGACGCAUAGUAGCAGAAUGCAGAUGAGGGCUGAGGUAUUGGGAGGCCAAAUCCGCGCUGAGAACGGUGUGGAUACCGCUAUCCAGGCCAUCUACCGCGACUUGGACUACGCCAGGAACUUGAUCACCUUGAAGAGGCAGAAACAUCAGUCGCGGAGGAAUAGCGUAGCUACGCCCACGCCGGGUGCCAAGCCCAACGCUACCGAGGAUGACCAGGGUCAGGAAGCCGAAGAGGACGACGUUGAUGCGGACGAUGAAGAGGAAGAGAACUGGACCUUUGUUGGAGGGAACGAGGAUGAUCUGACGGGGUCUAUGUCCAUGUCGAGAAGUGAUAUGCUGAGUCAAACGGUUGCGGAUUUGAGGGGUGUGAAAGUCGGGAAGGCACCAGCUUUGGGAAGCCGGGUGUUGAGUUCUCCGUCUACCAGCCCAGGCGCAAUGAGGGGAGCAGGCGGCGUGAAGUAUGUUUAGAGAACGCCUGGGUGGUAGAGGUAGUCAGGCUUGGGUAGCUGCUAUGGAUCACGGAACAUAGCUGGGUUGUCUCCUUGGUGUU